AUGGAUUUAGAACAUGAGGCCGUAGAGCUGGAUUCCUCUUGUAACUCCCCCUGCGAUGAAGCAGUUAAUUGCUUAGACGUUCAGAUCCAGGACCCAGAGAUGGACCCCGGACUUGUUUUUGUUCCCAGUGGGAAUCAUCUGAUGUCUGGUCUGCUGGGUCUGAAUGUGGUGCUGCUGGGAGCGGCCCUGGUGGCCGGAGAGGCUUUCAACCCAGAGGGCCUGAAGCACCAGGAGCCCCAUGUGUUCAUGCUGCUGCUGAUGGGGGUCAGUUUGGUUUGGAUGCUGUGGUACCUGCUGUGGGCCAGGAAACAGCCUGGAAUCUGCCCACAUAAAGACCACCACGCUGGGGGGGUCACCACCACCUUGGUCCUCAUACUUUUCGCUGUAUUCAGUCUUCUGCUGUAUAUCUGCAGAAUUGGGUACUUGGUCAGUAUAAUGGAGUGUCAGCCGGCGGCUGAAGUGCUCUCUCCAUUCAUGGAGGCUCCUUUUCUCGCACUGCAGGCUUAUUUACUGUGGUCUCACUCCAAAGACUGCAUUCAUAAACACAAGUUAAUCACCAGGUCUGGCCUCAUGGUGAUCCUGGCAACCGACCUGCUGCUCUGGCUCAACGCUGUGACGGAGGAUACCAUCCACGAGGAGAUCGAGUUAGAAAAACAAGACAUGCUUGAUGCCAGCAACACAAACUCAACUGAAGCAGACGUCUCUGAUUUAGCAGGAUUUGCCAAUACGACCUUCUGCCAGUGCAAUGCGACUGCAGUCUGCCUCGGCUUCAGGAAAGGCUACGAAAUCCUUCAUCCCUUCAACAUGGAGUUCUACCUGAUGGCGGGCUGCAUGAUCUAUGUGAUGUGGAAGAACGUGGGCCGCAGGAUGAGUUCAGAUCACCACCACGUUACUCAGAAGCUGACCCUUAGUGUUGUCUACAAAGGGGGGGUCAUAUAUGGCCUUGUGUUUGGCUCCCUGGUCCUCGGAGCAGGAGUGUCAGUCUUUGUUCUGUACCAGGUUUGGGUGAGCCGGCGGCAGCUUCGCCUCACCGCCUUCCUCAUAUUUUACGGCUACCAUUUAGCCGUCAUGCCCAUCAUGUCUCUCUGCUCCCUGGCUGGGAUGGUGGUAUACAGGCUGGAGAGGAGAGCCAACGAAGCGGGACACAACCCCACUCGUAGCCUGGAUGUGAGCCUCCUGGUCGCAGCAGCUCUGGGCCAGCUCGCUCUGUCCUACUUCUCCAUAGUGGCUGCCCUGGCCUUGGAGAGCCGCGGGACUCUGGGGGACCUCGACCUGUCCUACUCCCUCCUCAGCCUGCUGGAGCUCAUCCUCCAGAACAUCUUCAUCAUCGAGGGCCUUCACAGGCACCCGAAGCUCAAGAAGAAAGAGAAGCAGCUGAGCAGCAUAUUCAAGUUUAAGAAAAAGGUUGCUGAGGAGAGGAAGAUGGAUAUUUCAAUGCUGGACAAGUCAAAUGCUGUUGAUGAGAAAACAUCCUGGACUAAAAGAGCGAUACAAGAAAUCUGUGCUUUCCUCGUCCUUUCUAACGUCAUGCUGUGGAUCAUCCCUGCGUUUGGAAUCCACCCCCAGUUUGAAAAUGGCAUCGGGAAAGAGUUUUUUGGCUUCUCUGCUUGGUUUAUUCUGGUAAACCUGGGUCAGCCGCUCAGCGUUUUUUACAGGAUGCACUCCGUGGGCGCUUUAAUAGAGCUGCUCAUCUCUGCAUGACGAGCAGUGGUGGUCCAACAUGACAAUGUGACCACAUGACAUAUUUGGUUUUAAAACACCAUCAUUUAUAAAUUAUUUUUAAUCCCAAUUAAAGGAAAUUUUAACAGCCAACAGUAAUAUUUGACAACAGUGUGCUGCCAGCGACAUGCACAAAGACAGUGGUGUGAUAGAACUUUAGUGGACGACGGAAAUUGGAAUCCAAAAAGUGUAAAAUGUCAAUAUGUUCAGCAGA